CGCGGACGAAUCGCGCACUUUCAUUUAUAAACAAUAAAAAGCAAAAGCCGAGAACGCUUGUAAAAUCUGCAUUUAAUACGAGAUUUAAUCCAUACAAUCAAGCUCGUACCUUAUUGUGAACUAAUCUCCUAGACAAAAUGAACAGAAAAGAAGCUUUGGCGCAGUUCAUCCAGCAAAUCCACGGAAGACCUGUAGUUGUCAAACUAAACAGCGGCGUCGAUUACAGAGGGGUGUUGGCCUGUCUUGAUGGCUACCUUAACAUCGCCCUUGAACAGACUGAGGAGUAUGUGAACGGACAGCUGAAGAACAAGUACGGCGACGCUUUCAUCAGAGGCAACAACGUCCUCUAUAUCAGCACGCAGAAAAGAAAAGUGUGAAUUUAUUUUCUAUUCCACUUCAUCUCGUGUAAGGCUAAGGAUAUAAGAAUUAAAAAAGCCAUUUUCGUAAGCUGAAAAAUUCGUAAAUUUUUAUUACCUCUGAUCUCUUUGUCUUAAAAAGCACCUUUCAAAACAGAAUUUGUU